GCAGUCCACUGCCACCGGUCGCCAGCGAUCCCGUUCCCGGGUCUCCGAGCAGACCCAGAGUGCGCUCGCCGAGGUGUUGGGACACUUGCGGACCUGACCCUGGAGAUCACCCGGGUUUGCCCGCCUCCCAUCAUCCGCGAUUCCCUGGCCCGCGAUCCUGAGCCCAGGGAACUCAUUGGGUGGGGGUAGGGUCCUCGGGGACCCGGGCCAGCUCCCGGGGCGACGAUGGAAGAGCAGCAGCGCGCGCGCUCGCACACGGUCACCACCACUACCAGCUCCUUUGCGGAGAACUUCUCCACCACCAGCAGCAGCUUCGCUUACGACCGAGAGUUCCUCCGUACCCCGCCGGGGCUCCUGAUCGUAGCCGAGAUCGUCUUGGGACUGCUGGUGUGGACUCUCAUCGCUGGCACUGAGUAUUUUAGAGUCCCUGCUUUUGGCUGGGUAAUGUUUGUGGCUGUCUUCUACUGGGUCCUCACCGUCUUCUUCCUCAUUGUCUACAUCACCCUGACUUACACCAGGAUUCCCCAGGUGCCCUGGACCACAGUGGGCCUGUGCUUUAAUGGCAGUGCCUUCGUCUUGUACUUCUCAGCUGCCAUAGUGGACGCAUCUUCUGUCUCCCCAGAGAAGGAAGGGCACAACUUCAACAGCUGGGCAGCCUCCUCGUUCUUUGCCUUCCUGGUCACCAUCUGCUAUGCUGGAAACACGUACUUCAGUUUCAUAGCCUGGAGAUCGAGGACGGCACAGUGACUCUCCCUCCUCAGAUAACAGAGAAGACGACACACCAGAACGAAUCCCACUGUUAUUAAAAGAAAGAAAGAAAGAAAGAAAGAAAGAAAGAAAGAAAGGAAGAAAGAAAAACAGUUGUAGCUAUAAUGUAUAUUGCCCCAGAAUUGUAUUUAACUAAUGUUUUUAUAUCUUAGUUAAAUUAGCUCCCAGUGUCUUGUUACAAUUGAGCUGGAUAUUUACUUGGGGAGUGCUGCGGCUUCUAAUGAACCCUGAAGUCUCCUGAUGUCCUUCUAGCCUUUAUUUUUCUUACACAAUGUAUAAAUAAAUUGCUAAAUGUU